GGCGGCGGCGGCGGCGGCGGCAGCGGCGGUGGCGAGAUGGGCGUGUCCGCCCACUUGCAGUCAUCCAAGGCCGGCACGACCCGGUUCUUCCGCAGCAACACGCACAGCUCGGUGGUGCUGCGGGGCUUCGACCAGCUGCGCGGGGAGGGCUUGCUGUGCGACGUGAGCCUGGUGCCGGGCGAUGGCGAUGAUGCCUUCCCCGUGCACCGGGCCAUGAUGGCCUCGGCCAGCGACUACUUCAAGGCCAUGUUCACGGGGGGCAUGAAAGAGCAAGAUCUCAAGUGCAUCAAGCUGCACGGCGUGAACAAGGUGGGCCUGAAGAAGAUCAUCGACUUCAUCUACACGGCCAAGCUGUCUCUGACCAUGGACAACCUGCAGGACACGCUGGAGGCGGCCAGCUUCCUGCAGGUGCUGCCUGCCCUGGACUUCUGCAAGGUCUUCCUCAUCUCGGGCGUGUCCCUGGAGAACUGUGUGGAGGUGGGGCGGCUGGCCAACACGUACAACCUGACGGAGGUGGACAAGUACGUGAACAACUUCAUCCUGCGCAACUUCCCCGCGCUGCUGCACAGCGGCGAGUUCGAGAAGCUGCCCUUCGAGCGGCUGGCGGCGGCGCUGGCCAGCAACAGCCUCAAGCACUGUGGGGAGCUGGAGCUCUUCAAGGCUGCGUGCCGCUGGCUGCGCCACGAGGAGCCGCGCAUGGAGCUGGCGCCCAAGCUCAUGAAGAACAUCCGCUUCCCGCUCAUGUCGCCCCAGGACCUCAUCAACUACGUGCAGACCGUGGACUUCAUGCGCGCUGACAACACCUGCGUCAACCUGCUGCUGGAGGCCAGCAACUACCAGAUGAUGCCCUACAUGCAGCCCGUCAUGCAGUCCGAGCGCACGGCCAUCCGCUCGGACAGCACGCACCUGGUCACGCUGGGCGGCGUGCUGAGGCAGCAGCUGGUGGUCAGCAAGGAGCUGAGGAUGUAUGACGAGAAGGCCAACGAGUGGAAGGCCCUGGCCCCCAUGGACGCCCCGCGCUACCAGCACGGCAUCGCCGUCAUCGGAAACUUCCUCUACGUGGUGGGGGGCCAGAGCAACUACGACACCAAAGGCAAGACGGCCGUGGACACCGUCUUCCGCUUCGACCCGCGCUCCAACAAGUGGAUCCAGGUGGCGCCCCUCAAUGAGAAGCGCACCUUCUUCCACCUGAGCGCCCUCAAAGGCCACCUGUAUGCAGUCGGGGGCCGCAACGCGGCUGGCGAGCUGGCCACCGUGGAGUGCUACAGCCCCCGCAUGAACGAGUGGAGCUAUGUGGCCAAGAUGAGCGAGCCCCACUACGGCCACGCGGGCACCGUGUACGGGGGCCUCAUGUAUAUUUCGGGGGGAAUUACUCAUGACACUUUCCAGAAGGAGCUCAUGUGCUUUGACCCGGACACGGACAAAUGGACUCAGAAGGCGCCCAUGACCACGGUCAGGGGGCUGCACUGCAUGUGUACUGUGGGAGAGAAGCUUUACGUCAUCGGGGGCAACCACUUCCGAGGAACCAGCGAUUACGAUGACGUGCUCAGCUGUGAAUACUACCUGCCUGCCCUCGACCAGUGGACUCCCAUCGCUGCCAUGUUAAGAGGCCAGAGCGAUGUGGGAGUGGCCGUGUUCGAGGAUAAGAUCUAUGUGGUGGGAGGCUAUUCCUGGAAUAACCGCUGUAUGGUAGAAAUAGUGCAGAAAUAUGAUCCAGAGAAGGAUGAGUGGCACAAGGUUUUCGACCUGCCCGAAUCUCUAGGUGGUAUCCGGGCUUGUACCCUGACAGUUUUUCCACCAGAGGAAAACACGGGGUCCCCUUCCCGAGAGUCCCCUCUCUCUGCCCCUUAAACCCCUGCCCUGGAGCCACUCGAUGUGGUAGGUCCUUCUCUGGAUCUGUGUCUGGGGAUGCCCCUCUUUAUCGUUGUCCUUGUUCUCAGUAGCUCUUAGUUAGCCUUAGCUUACAGUGACUGAAAAUGAUGUCGUUUGUGAUGUUUGUGUGUUGUAGAUGCUUCUCUGUGGUUAACAAAAGCAUCCUGAACAUCUUUAGAGCUGAAUGUUUAACCAGUGAAAAGGCAAGUAUUGUGUCUCUCAGAUGUUUCAUUCCUAUUUCAUCCCGACUUUGUAUGACUGUGUGUUGGGUGGGAGGCUUUGAGGUGGCCAGCUCCUAAGGAGGAGGCCCAAAGGGGUCACCUUGCCAGAGGGAUGUUGUUUGUGUAUAGCCAUGUUCUGUGUGCUCCAGGGGGGAAAUUUCCCUUUUUGUUUUGUGACUGCAAGUUGUUGAGAGGAAGCAGUCUGAGAUGAGCUGCUUCCCUCAGUUCUUAGAGCAUUUUGGCCAUCUCUCAGCCCACCUGACUAGGUGAGAUAUAUCCCCAGCAAGGUGCUUAGACAAGAAAAAGUCUUUGCACAAAUUGGAAUGUCAGGAAAAAAUGCAUGGUCUCAUUGGUAUGCCCAGUUUCUGGGUCUUGAUUAUUGGUGUUACUGCUUUUGAUAUUUUUGUCAUUUAAACACAUCAAAAUACUGAAUUUUAAAAAUUCGAUAGUACUACAAGGGAAUAGGAAAAGUUUUUCCCAAUGAGCAAUUUCCAUUAAUGCCAGCUGUUAAUUUAUGGAAUUAUUAAUUUAGGGAUAUAAGAGCUAGAAGCAUGUUCAAUGUGUCUAGAUUUUACCUGGUCCUAUUUUUCUCUCCAUUCCCAUAAAUUAUCUCCAGUUCCCUUUUGCUGUUUAGAUAACUCAAACAUUCCAUGCCUUUUCCGUAAUUGCUGUUAAUAAGGUUAUAUAGCACAAGAUUCACUUUUUCAGUAGGACAGCUGCUUUGUUCUGUGAACUCAGAAUUCCAUGUUUUAUUUUUUGUUCAAUAAAACUUUAAAUGUCACAAAA